UGAAUUUCUGGUUUGAAGAAUGCAUUUUUGGAUUGAAUUCAGUCGUUUUCGCUUCUUUGUAUUCAUAUUACAGACAGUAUAGGACCUAGAUAAUGUAUGGAUCCCUGUGUUCUUCUCUUCUUCGCCAGCAAUUUGCAGUAUUCGCAGACAAAAAUGAGGCUGUACCAUGUUUACAAACAUUCAUUUCUCCUCUACCGCCGCCAAUUUCACCGUCCAUUCGUCACUAAAUACAGCGGAAAAGUCGUCGUUGCAGCCAACGAUGGCCGUUCAAUCGCCGUCGAAAUAGAAUCCCCUAACAUUCAAAUCGAUAUACGAGGUUACCCUCUUCCCCGCAAAGAUCUUAUAUGUAAGUUAACAAAAAUUCUUCAAACACCACCAUCUCCUUCAACUGAUCCUUUCCUUGACCUUUCCGACUAUCUUCAAUCCAUAACACUAACUUUAACUCCAUCUGAAGUGUCCGAAGUAAUCAAGUCAUUGAAAUCUCCGGAACUUGCUUUCCAGUUCUUUAGAUUCUGCACAACCAUCCCUAAUUUCCGUCAUGAUUGCUUCACUUAUAACCGCAUAUUGAUGAUUGUGUUCCGUUCAUCGUCUGUUGACCGGUUCGAUACUGUCAAACAGAUUCUUGAUGAAAUGGAGAGGAGUGGUGUUAGAGGGAAUAUCUCUACUGUUAAUAUUUUGAUUGGGAUACGUAGGGAUGAGGAAAAUGGUGUUAUGCAUUUGGAGACUUGUUUGAAUUUGGUGAGGAAAUGGGGUUUGAUGAUGAAUUGUUAUACGUAUAAAUGUCUUCUUCAGGCUUACUUGAGGCUCAAUGAAUCAAACCGAGCAAUUCAAGUGUAUAAAGAGAUGAAGAAGCGUGGAUAUAAGUUGGAUGUGUUUGCAUAUAACAUGCUUCUUGAUGCUUUGUCCAAAAGUGAUAAGGCUGAUUUGGCUUACAAAGUUUUCGAAGACAUGAAGAAGAAGCAUUGUGACCCGGAUGAAUAUACGUACACAAUCUUAAUUAGAACGAAGGGAAAAAACGGAGAAGCUAAUGAAGCACUCGAACUUUUCCAAGAAAUGCUGGCAAAAGGCUAUUCUCCAAAUCUAAUAUCAUACAACACUAUGAUGCAGGGUCUCGUUAUGAGUCGAAUGGUUGACAAGUGUAUCUUUCUUUUUACCAAAAUGGUGGAGAAUAACUGCCGUCCCAAUGAAUUUACCUACAGUCUCAUCCUAACCCUUCUAAUUGCAGAAGGGCAGCUUGGUAAACUUCAAAAUAUUCUCAAGAUAUCAGAAAGGUACAUGAACAAGUCAAUUUACGCCUUUCUUGUAAGAACUUUAACUAGAUUAGGUCAUGCAAGAGAAGGCCAUCAACUUUUCUGCCAUAUGUGGAAUUCCCAUGAUAUAGGCGAUAGAGAAGCUUACCUAUCUAUGUUAGAAAGUUUGUGCAAUUCCGGUAAACUAGCAGAGGCAAUGGAUUUCCUUGAAAAGAUUCACGAGAAGGGUAUAAUUUGCGAUACUGUUAUGUACAACAUGGUGUUUUCUUCUCUGGGUAGACUAAAACAGGUAUCGCAUCUAUCCGACCUUUAUGAAAAGAUGAAACGAGAAGGACCCGUUCCAGAUAUUUUUACGUACAAUAUUCUGAUCUCUAGCUUCGGUAGAGUCGGUCGAGUUGACGAAGCGGUGAAAAUCUUCGAGGAACUCGAAGGAAGUGACUGUAAUCCUGAUAUCAUAUCUUAUAAUUCAUUAAUUAACUGUCUUGGGAAGAAUGGCGAUGUUGAUGAAGCUCAUAUGAGGUUUAAAGAGAUGCAGGAGAAAGGGUUUAGUCCCGACGUGGUCACGUAUAGUACACUUAUAGAGUGUUUUGGGAAGACAGAUCGAGUCGAAAUGGCUUGCAGGCUCUUCGAUGAAAUGCUUGAUGAAGGCUGUUCACCUAAUAUUGUGACUUAUAAUAUUUUGCUGGACUGUCUUGAAAGAUCUGGAAGGACUAGUGAAGCAGUUGAUCUUUAUGCAAAGCUUAAGCAGCAGGAUUUAAGUCCUGAUUCGAUUACACAUUCGAUUCUUGUUAGAUUGCAAGGUGGGUCUGGUAAGACAGUUAGGACUCGUAGACAGGCUCCGAUUACAGGUUGGGUUGUUAGCCCUUUGAGGUGAUAGUAGAUCAGAUUUUGGACAUAACUGUAAAUUGUGGAAAUUGGCUUGCCUCCACUCCAGCAUGGAAUUUUUCGAUAACCAAAUGGUUAGUUCUUCAAACUUGAACCCGGGUUAUUUCCUUUUUCUAAUCAUGACUCGGACUAUAAUCAGUAUAGGCAAGCAUAUUUAAGUCCUAAAUUCUGCAUAUUGUAAAUGAUAGUGUUGAGGGUGUUAUUGUCAAAUUAGUGUAGUCUUGUAUGACAUAUUCUAAACCUUUUAAAAGAUUAUUGAAAACAUGGUUUGGAUGAAUUCUCUUUUGUUUAUUGUUGAUGCAAGGAAAUGUCACAUUGAGUUGGUGUUA